UUGCUUUCUAACUGCCAUUAAACACAAGAAGAAGAAGAAUCUCUUCUUCUAUGGCAUCAUCACCUCCUCCUGGGAAACCAAGGAUCGCUGCUGUCCUGGUUCUGCGGGGUUCCGUGGAUGUGUGGGCGGUCCUGGACAAAUGCCUGGUUUCCAGUCGGCAGGUCUGCAGGACGAAGUCCUGCUUCAGGGCCCUAGGGUCCUGGUUACAGGAGCGACGGGUCUUCUGGGCCGGGCCGUCUGUAAAGAAUUUCAGAGCAACGGGUGGAUGGUGACUGGGACCGGAUUCCGGAGAGCCCGGCCACGCUUCCUGAGGUGUGACCUGACCGAUGAGGAUGCUGUCAGGAGACUGCUGCAGGAGUACAAGCCCGAUGUGAUCGUUCACUGUGCAGCAGAACGACGUCCAGACGUCAUGGAGCAGCACGCGGAUGCUGCGGUCAGUCUGAACGUGCACGCCACCAGCACCGUGUCCAAGGAGGCAGCUGUCUGCGGGGCUCUCCUCAUCUACAUCAGCACCGACUACGUGUUUGAUGGUCGGAACCCCCCCUACGGAGAGGACGACUGUCCCAACCCGCUCAACCUGUACGGUCGAAGCAAACUGGAGGGCGAGAGAGAGACGCUCAGACUCUGCCCAGGUGCAGUGAUCUUGCGUGUCCCUGUCCUGUUUGGGGAGGUGGAGUCUGUGACGGAGAGCGCCGUGACAUCACUGUGGCAGAAGGUUCAGGAGGCGACCGAGGAGAGCUACCCGCUCGACCACUGCCUGCAGAGGUUCCCCACCGAUACUCGAGACGUCGCCACCGUCUGCAGGAAGCUGGCUGAAAGAGCAAGACAGGAUCCGUCCAUCCGAGGAAUUUUCCAUUUUUCAGGAAAAGAGCAGAUGACCAAAUAUGAGAUGGCUGUUGCCAUGGCACAGGCCUUCAACCUGCCGUCCAAUCACCUCAUACCUCUGACUGAGCAGCCAGCCGGGUCAGCUCCUCGUCCAAUCAACAGCCAGCUAAACUGCUCCCGUCUGGAGCUGCUGAACCUGAGUGUCGAGCCGCAAGCGUUCUCCACCGCCAUCACAGAGUGUCUGUGGCCGUUCACUGCUGACAAACGUUGGAGACAGACCGUCUUUCACUGAGGCUUAUCCUGCUGUGUUUGUUUGAAACUGCACAAAUCAAAAAUAAAACUGACCUGCUUCAAAUGUGA